AUGGCUACCACAUCGCACAUGUUUAUGUACUCCCUGACGAUCCAGCCCCCAACUGCCAUCACACAGGCUAUUUUGGGCCAAUUUGCAGGUACCAGGGACCAGCAGAUUGUCACCGCGUCAGGCUCGAAAUUGACCAUCCAUCGGCCUGACCCGGCACAGGGCAAGAUCACACCACUCUUCUCUCAGGAUGUUUUCGGCAUCAUUCGCUCCCUCGCAGCUUUCCGCGUAGCUGGAAGCAGUAAAGAUUACAUCAUCAUCGGCUCCGACUCGGGUCGCAUCACGAUCGUUGAAUAUGUUCCAUCCCAGAACCGCUUCAAUCGCAUCCAUAUGGAGACAUUUGGAAAGUCUGGAGUUCGCCGCGUCGUGCCGGGUCAAUACCUCGCGGUAGAUCCAAAGGGGCGUGCGUGUCUGAUUGCUUCUGUGGAAAAGAACAAGCUGGUCUAUGUUCUCAAUCGCAACUCGCAGGCAGAACUUACCAUUUCCUCACCACUGGAAGCCCACAAGCCCCAGACCUUGGUAUUCGCCAUGAUCUGCUUGGACGUUGGUUAUGACAACCCCGUUUUCGCUGCUCUCGAGGUGGACUACUCGGAAGCUGACCAGGAUCCCACCGGUCAAGCGUAUGAAGAAAUCGAGAAGGUCUUGGUGUACUACGAGCUUGAUCUCGGUUUGAACCACGUUGUCCGCAAGUGGUCUGACCCUGUCGACCGCACAGCAUCCAUGCUCUUCCAGGUACCCGGAGGAGAUGAUGGUCCCAGUGGUGUCUUGGUAUGCGCGGAGGAUAACAUUACCUACCGCCACUCUAACCAAGGUGCGUUCCGUGUGCCUAUCCCGCGACGCAGCGGGGCCACCGAAAAUCCUGAGCGCAAGCGGUCGAUUGUCUCGGGAGUCAUGCACAAAAUGAGAGGUGCUUUCUUCUUCCUUCUCCAAACAGAGGAUGGUGACCUGUUCAAGUUGAACCUGGAAAUGGUCGAAGACAAGCAGGGCAAACCCACCGGAGAAGUGAAGCGACUGACGAUCAAAUACUUUGAUACGAUUCCUGUAUCAACGAACCUGCUGAUCCUGAAGAGCGGUUUCCUCUAUGCUGCCAGCGAAUCUGGAAAUCACAAUUUCUACCAAUUCGAAAAGCUUGGUGACGAUCCCAGCGAGGCCUUCUUCUCCAGCGAUUCAUUCUCGGCUGAUCCUUCUGUGCCUUUAACGCCGACCUACUUCCAUCCUCGAGGCGCUGAAAAUGUCAACCUCAUGGAAAGCAUGAACUCUUUGAGCCCUCUGAUUGACAGCAAGAUCCUCAAUCUGAGUGAGGAUGACGCACCUCAAAUCUACACAAUCUGUGGCUCCGGGGCUCGAAGCACAUUCCGGACUCUAAAGCACGGGCUUGAAGUCUCGGAGAUCGUGGAGUCGGACCUUCAACAGGUGCCUUCGGCUGUAUGGACAACCAAAUUGACGCGAGACGAUGAGUUUCACACAUACAUCAUUCUCUCUUUUGCAAAUGGUACUUUAGUCCUGAGCAUCGGCGAAAUUGUCGAAGAAGUUUCAGACACAGGAUUCCUUUCUUCGGCUCCAACUCUGGCAGUGCAGCAACUUGGUGAGGAUUCUUUGGUCCAAGUUCACCCUCGUGGCAUUCGUCAUAUCCUUGCAGAUCAGCGAGUCAAUGAAUGGCCCGCUCCACAGCAUCGGUCUAUUGUUGCAGCAGCCACGAAUGAACGUCAAGUUGCAGUCGCACUCAGCUCUGGUGAAAUUGUCUACUUUGAAAUGGACGCAGAUGGGACACUAGCGGAGUAUGACGAGCGACGACAGAUGUCUGGUACCGUCACCUCCUUGAGCAUGGGAGAGGUUCCCGAGGGCCGCAUGCGAAGCUCGUUCCUGGCUGUUGGAUGUGAUGACUCUACCGUCCGCAUCCUCAGCUUGGAUCCAGACUCAACUCUCGAGAACAAAUCAGUUCAAGCAUUGACAUCUGCACCAUCUGCCCUCCAAAUUAUGGCCAUGGCCGACUCGAGCUCGGGAGGCACCACUCUUUAUCUCCACAUCGGUCUUUACUCUGGUGUCUACCUCCGUACUGUGUUGGACGAGGUGACUGGUGAGCUUUCGGACACUCGAACUCGCUUCAUUGGUGCCAAGCCUGUGAAACUAUCCCAGGUGUCGGUCAAGGGCCAAACCGCUGUUCUCGCGCUCAGCACCCGUCCCUGGCUGGGAUACUCUGACGUCCAAACCAAGAGCUUCAUGCUCACACCCCUGGACUACGUCGGACUAGAAUGGGGAUGGAAUUUCUCCAGUGAGCAGUGUGUGGAGGGCAUGAUCGGCAUUCAAGGCCGCAGUCUACGGAUCUUCACUGUUGAAAAAUUGGACAACAACAUGCUCCAAGAGUCCAUCCCUCUCUCUUACACUCCUCGACGUUUUGUGAAGCAUCCCGACCAACCCCUCUUCUACGUCAUUGAAUCUGACAACAAUCUCAGAAUGGCGAGGCUACAGACCUCGACCUCCCCCCCCGCAGACUUUGGAUAUCCCCGAGCCACUGGCCACUGGGCCUCAUGUAUCCAGGUUGUGGACCCAAUCGCCACCAAAUCCGUGAUCUUCAAUCUUGAUCUUGAGGAUAAUGAGGCAGCAGUCAGCCUUGCCGCGGUAUCUUUCUCCAGUCAAGAUGAUGAAACUUUCUUGGUUGUGGGAACCGCCAAGGACAUGACCGUCAGCCCUCCCUCGUCCUCUUGUGGUUUCAUCCAUAUCUAUCGGUUCCAGGAAGAUGGUCGUGAGUUGGAGUUCAUUCACAAGACCCAAGUUGAUGAGCCUCCUCUCGCUCUUCUUGGCUUCCAAGGCCGCCUCCUGGCAGGCAUCGGCCCCAUUCUUCGUGUGUACGACCUUGGCAUGAAGCAACUAUUACGGAAAUGUCAAGCACCGGUGGUCCCUAAGACCAUCGUGGGCCUACAGACUCAAGGUAGUCGAAUCAUUGUUAGCGACGUCCGCGAGAGUGUCACCUACGUUGUCUACAAGUACCAGGACAAUGUCUUGAUUCCGUUCGCGGAUGAUUCCAUCGCACGUUGGACAUCGAGCACAACUAUGGUUGAUUACGAGACGACUGCUGGUGGUGACAAGUUCGGAAACCUGUGGCUGGUCCGUUGCCCUAGUAAGGUCUCUGAACAGGCCGACGAGGAUGGAUCUGGGGCGCACCUCAUCCAUGAAAAGGGUUAUCUCCAUGGGACCCCGCACCGCCUCGAAUUGAUGGUUCAUUUCUACGCCCAGGAUAUUCCCACUAGUCUGCACAAGACUCAAUUAGUCGCUGGAGGCCGCGACAUUGUGGUCUGGACUGGCUUCCAAGGCACAAUUGGAAUGUUUGUUCCUUUUGCCAGCCGUGAGGAUGUCGACUUCUUCCAGCUUUUGGAGACACAGCUUGCUUCCCAGCAACCCCCUCUGGCUGGACGAGACCAUUUGAUGUACCGCGGUUACUAUGCCCCUGUGAAGGGUGUCAUUGAUGGAGAUCUUUGCGAAAUGUAUCUCCUGCUGCCUAAUGAUACGAAGUUGAUGAUUGCGGGCGAACUCGAUCGAUCCGUUCGCGAGAUCGAGCGCAAGAUUUCGGAUAUGCGAACAAGGGUGGCGUAUUGAUUUCUGAUUGG